AUGGCGCCGGACCUGGCGCCGGCCGCGCUCGGCUCCCGUACGGCUCCGGUGCGCUCAAACGUGGAAGGCGGCGCCUCGGAGCUUGGUGGCAGCGGCCCGCUAUGUCCGACUCGGAUGGACGCGCCCCUGAUGGCAACACCCCGCUGCCCACAGAUAUUCACAAAGACAAAGCUGGUGCAGAGAAUACUGCAGGGCAUGGAGGAACCCCAGACGAACGGCGAGACCUCGGAACAGAAACGGUGCUGCCGGUCACUGCGAGCCUACUGCGGCCACCUGGUCAACAUGGCCAACAAGAUCUGCUCGGCGUGCGAGAAAGGCCCAAACGCCGAGCUGGUGCAGCGCCAGCUGGACGCGCUGCCCGAGCCCAUCCGGGCCGCCUGGCAGGCCUUCAAGGAGGCCAAACUCAACCGCAUUAACGAACAGAACAAGCCGGUGUUGCCCGACACCAAGCAGGACUCGAGCAGCGACUCGGACUACCGCGGAGUCACGGACGCCCAACAGGCAGCCAUAUUGAGGACGUUCCACAACUUCCAGCUACUAACGCCGCGCGCCGUCGGAGCAGCCUGA